CUCAUUGUCAGAGCUCUAGUUGCGACGGUGUUGUUGUUGUUGUUGUUGUUGUUGUUGUUAUUGUUAUAAAUUAUAAUAUUAUAAUCACCGUCGUCGAUUCAUUGGCGGCGCGUGGUGACUGACUAGUGAGAUAACAGCGUAGGUACUUAAUCGCAAUCGUACUUUCGAAGACAAAACGAUCGAAUUGACGUCUUUUUUAAAUUAUCCGAUAUUUACUAAAGUGCCUAAAAAUACGUUCAUUAAUGGCUGCACUACUCGAGAUAGGUUUAUCCAAAUACUUCAAUGUCAAUAGUCGUUUGUUUUAACCGAUUCCGGCACCAAUACAUGCACCAAGCAAUAAGCGCUCACAUGAAGUUCUCAAUCGAGUCGUAUUAUCUUAACUUAUCGUGAUUUUAUUAUUAUCGUAGCUUGUUAGGUCAUCACCACCACUACCUGCUGCUCCACUACGUUCUCCACCACUACCAUUCAAUACUUGCCGCAGUAUACCGCCUGCCACUAACUGCGCUCAUGUAAUAAGCAAUAACAUUCAUAAUAAGAAACAGAAUAAUGAACGGUACCUACGCCGCACCGUGUGCUUAUACGGAGUAUUGACGCAAACGUUCGCGAGGUUAGGUCUAUCGUGUCCCGUGACAAGUCGAAUCAAUGCAUUCAGUUGACAUUACAACAUAACUAUCGUAUAAUGUCAAAUGUUUAAUAACAAUUAAAUAAUCACUGCAACAAUAAUAUUGUUCGAGAAAUUAUUUAUAUCUAUUAUAACACUAAUAUGGAAAUCGGUUACCGGUGACCGCCUCAAAAGCUUUUCUCCACGCCGCCAUCGUGAUCGAAAUAGCGUAACCGCUUCGACGGUUAUUAUCGGCGGUUCGACUUCGAAUCGCGCCCAUUCAUCGAAAGCGGUGGCGACAGUCUUGUCAUAGUUGUUGUUGCUACUUUUGCGACUUUUGCGUCCGCUACGACGAUGGUUCGCCGCGAAACGCACCAGUGAUUGCGACUCAAACGUUCUAUGGACAGCGACGGUCACCAAUUACAAAAACAACAUCAACGGCGGCGGAGGUCGACGACGGCCGUGCUGUUACAUCAGCCGGGCGUGAGGUGGCGCGCGGUGCAGCCAGCCAGGAGGAGUUGUUCGGCCGUGACCGAAAGGGACGUGAUGAUGGUGACCACUGGCGCGUGGCACCCGUCCCGGCAACAUUCAGUCACCGCUAAGAGAUCGUCCAGAGUUUACAGAGAAUUGUGUUCGGCAUGGAACUCGCGUGUGGGCUCCCAAAAUACGAACGCGCCGGCCCACAGAGUUCAAGCACUGUUCAACGACCUAGGAUUGUACUUGACCUCGGCCCAAGUCGCUGAAAUGAUGCAGUGCGUAAUGAAAUGUGCCAAUAGAAAUUCGCCGGUGUACAUGACAUUUGGUGAAUUUUGUUUAUUGGCUAAGAAACUCAAAAACGGCUUGGAUAGAGGUAUACCAAGAUCAGUGCAAUUUUCACGGAUAUUAGAAAAAGAUCAAGAAAAACACAUAAAGGGAGUAAAAAAAAACUCGAGAAGUCUUCACAGCUACGAUGUGUUCCUGGGCGGUUCCUGCAAUCCAACUACGUGGCGCAAAGACUUGGCCAUACCGUACUUGCAAGAUACCGGUGUGUCAUUUUACAAUCCGCAAGUGGACCAUUGGAGCCAAGAUCUAAUCGAAAUAGAACACGCGGCCAAGGAGAACGCGACUAUACUGUUUUACGUGAUCGACAACCAAACCAGGAACGUGGUCAGCGACAUAGAGACAGCCAAUUUCGCCGGUAAUCAUAAUAAUUUGGUGUUAGUCAUCCAUCCACAAGACGCAAUUACCGGAUCGGUGAUCGCCGGCGAACUCAUCUCUUACCGUGAAGCGGAAGACAUUAAAGAAGCCCUGACGAUGUUACAAAAAAUCGCUGCUAACCAGAGAACGCUAGUAUUCGAUAACAUACCGGAAGCAUUGAACAAUGUCAUUCAGAUUUUGAAAAACAAAAACCGCCAAAUCAACGAUACCAGCGAAGACGACAUUACGUAUCGCAAGAUCCGUGAUGCAUUUAACAAGUUCAACGUCGAUGCGCCGGGGGAGAUUAACAUUUCCCAUGUGACAAGAGCUAUCCAACUGUUAGCCAAUCAGAAUCUGUCCGAAAAUGAUGUGCUAAAUCUGACAUCCGAAUACCGCGAUACCAAAGAUGUCGGAAGUAACCAUCAAGUUUAUUUUACAUUCAACCAAUUUUACGCUAUUGCUUCUAAAUUUCUACAGUUACCAGACAAAAGCAAUCACAGGAGUGGAUUCGACAUCGGACAUUCGUAUCGUUCAAAUUUAGGCAAACCAUUUUACUUGUCACAAAAGAGUGUUGAAACAAGAUCUUCAAAGACGACCGAUAUUUAUCUAGCUGGAGAAAGUGGUGAUGAUAUUCGGUGGAGAGAAGAUAUUGCUAUUCCCAUGAUCAAAAAAUCUAAUUUAACAUAUCAUGCAGCAUCCAAAACAGACCUAUCAGUAUUAUUAGAUGCACGUAUUUUGUUAUUUGUAAUUCCAAACAAUUCAAGAUCUUUAGCAACCAUGACACUAGCAGCAUAUUGUAUAGCCAAAAGCUAUAGAAUGGUAUUAUGUAUACAGAAUCUCAGUAAAGAUAACUGCAUAGUUCGUGGUGAAAAGUUAACACAAACGGCGAUCAAUGACUAUAAUAGAGGACGGACUUAUCUAGCGGAUUUGGCAUCACGAGAACAAGUGCCUGUAUUUGAAUCAAUAAAAGACGCUGUUGAAAUCACAUUGCAAAAAAUCUUAUAG